GUCCUAUGCUAAAAGGUAUUGCUCGAAAUGCGUGACUUUGCACCAUGACUAAAAGCAUCAAAAUAAAAACAAAGUCUUUCCUUGAAUUUAGUGGUCAAAGUCCGCUAAUCAUUUCAUGGGAUAUCAAAACUUUUCUGCUCUAUUAUGUACAGCUAGUCAUGGAGAAGGUUUGCGUACCUGAUUCUGAAUUGCCUGAUUGGGCAAAACCCAAAUUAAAAGGUUCACCACCAUCUGAGGUGAAAUCCAAUGUUUUUGGUGCUGCAAAGAAAAUAGCAUUCAUAAUUGGAACAGCUAUAUUGGUUGUUGCAUCUGUGCGAAAUUCUGUCACAUGGCAUUUUGAAAGAUUUUGGGGAGCAUCAAAAUAUUUUUACCAGGAUAUUUGGAAUGUUGUGCAUCGUGAUAUCUGCAAUGAAAAUAACUUGGUUUUGGCAACUAUUGGUACACAUGCUUUCUUGUUUCUCUACUUUUGGAUGAAUUCAAUCUUUUUCAUGUACUUGGAUAUUUUCAAACCAAAAUACUUCAUGAAGUACAAGAUUCAAGAAGAUAAAAUGGUUACCAUGCCUCGCCUACGACACGCUAUAUUAGUUUGCAUGCGCAACCAAUUGAUUGGUCUCGCUGUCUCAUUCCCUCUGUAUUAUCUUAUGGAUUAUCGAGGUUGUUAUUACAAAGCAGAAGAACUUCCAACAUUCCAAUGGGUGUUGUUUGAAUUGAUUGUGUUUAUACUUGUGGAAGAAUUUUUCUUUUAUUACAGUCAUAGGUUACUUCACCAUCCACGCAUCUAUAGACAUAUCCAUAAAGUACAUCACGAGUGGACUGCUUCCAUAUCCAUCAUUGGCAUCUACGCCCACCCUUUUGAACAUGUCGUUUCCAACCUCUUGCCAGUGUUUUUCGGACCUUUAUUGAUGGGAUCUCACAUCGCUACUUUGUGGAUGUGGAGCUGCAUGGUUAUAACUUCAACACAAAUAUCACACGGUGGCUAUCACCUACCCUUUCUUCCGUCACCAGAAGCUCACGAUUACCAUCAUUUGAAGUUCAUCAACAAUUUCGGAGUGUUGGGUGUGUUGGAUCGAUUGCAUGGUACAGACCGUUUGUUUUUGAAAACAAAAGCGUACGAUCGACACAUCAUGUUGAUCGGGCUGACACCUGCUAAAGAACUCUUCCCAGACGAAGGCAAGAAGAUCGCACAAGAAAAAAAAUGCUCUUAAAUUUCUCAUAUCUUAAAGUUGUGACACUUCCUGUAUUUAUCUUAAAUAUUUAACCGUUUGUAACCUUUUUAAUCUCUUUUUUAAAUGCAGGUCUUGCUGUACAUUUUGUUUAGUUGAACGCGAUUAUAUCUGAUCUCUCAUGAAGUAAAUCUACACAUACACUGUUAACCACUUAAUAAACUUGUAUAGUUUGGUAAUUGUUUUACCCUUUUAAUGAUUGUAUAUUUUGUUUCAAUAAUAGCUUGCAUAGUAUA